AUGGAGGAAGCAACCACCGUGCCCUUUCAACCCCCGACUUUCGGUGACCUUAUUACAAUCUUGAGUAUCGAUGGAGGUGGAAUUAGAGGAAUCAUUCCCGGAGUUAUUUUGAAUUUUCUCGAGUCUGAACUUCAGAAAUUAGAUGGCGAAGAGGCAAGAAUUGCGGAUUACUUCGAUGUGAUUGCCGGGACAAGCACCGGAGGGCUUGUAACCGCCAUGAUAUCUACCCCAAAUGAAAACGACCGUCCCUUGUUUUCUGCUAAAGACAUCAAACAAUUCUACCUCGACCACUGUCCCAAAAUCUUUCCCCAAAACAAGACAUGGGCAGUAGGCAAAAUAUUGAAAUUGCUGUCUGGUCCAAAAUAUGACGGCGAAUAUCUCCACAAACUUGUGAAGGACAAGUUGGGCGACACGAAAUUGCACCAAACGUUGACUAAUGUGGUCAUUCCCACGUUUGACCUCAAGCUCCUUCAACCAACCAUAUUUUCUACUUACCAGUUGAAGAAGAAUCCAUCGUUAGAUGCAUACUUGUCGGAUAUUUGCAUAGCUACGUCGGCUGCUCCUACUUAUCUUCCGGCUCAUCACUUUAAAACUGAGAGCGAUGUCGCCGGAGGAAAAACGAGGGAAUUCGACCUGGUUGACGGCGGCGUUGCUGCGAACAAUCCGACGUUGGUGGCGAUCGGGGAAGUGACGAAGGAGGUGAUAAAAGAAAGUCCGGAUUUUUAUGCUAUAAAGCCAAUGGACUACAAGAGGUUUUUGGUUAUAUCGUUAGGAACCGGAGCUCCGAAGGCGGAAAUGAAAUACACGGCGGAGCAAGCGGCGGAGUGGGGGAUGUUGGACUGGCUAACCAGCGGCGGCUCCACCCCAAUUAUCGAUGUGUUUUCACAAGCAAGCUCGGAUAUGGUCGAUCUUCAUCUUUCUGUCAUCUUUCAAGCCCUCCGUUGCCAACAAAACUACCUUCGCAUCCAGGACGACACGUUGAAGAGCGAGGUAUCCUCAGUAGAUGUGGCAACAGACAAGAAUCUUAACGAACUUGUGAGGAUCGGAGAAGGGUUACUGAAGAAGCCGGUUUCAUGGGUGAAUUUGGAGACCGGAAGCUUUGAGCAUUGUGGUUCAAAUUCAGAAACAAAUGAAGAGGCCCUUAAAAGAUUCGCCAAGCGGCUGUCCGAUGAGCGGCGGCUCCGCCAUGCAAGGUCCCCUCAUGGAAGAGCUGCUGCAAGCUUCAAAUUGGAAAAUGGAGCUCAUGAUGCCCAUUGA